AUGCGGGGAUUUUUGAGCCUUGCCAAGACUAUAGUCUAUUCCUCAUCAAUCGUUAAACCUACCUAAUAAAUAAAAAUGCAGUUUCGAUUGGCAAAUCAACAAUUGGCUUCAUAAUUCAGGUUAUGUUCAACUAUUCAAAUUUUGAGAUUAAUCAAUUUGUAAGGAGUGAGUUCCAAUUCCUAAUUAGAAGAUGCGGAUGAAUAAGAUUUGGAAUCAACCAUUUCUAAAAUACUUUCAGUAACCCUAAAAAGCAAUACUGAGAAGCAUCCAUUGAAAUUAAUAACUGAAUGA